UAGAACACCGUAGCGCGGCACCUACGUAGUGACUGCUGCUGGCAUGGUGAUUGGGGGAGCCGCUCACACGGCGGGGGUCACUGCAGCCAGACACCGUAGCGGCCGUCCCGGCAGCCGCCGCCACCUCCCACCGUGUGCCAGUGACUGGGGGGGAGCCGGCGCGGUGCACGCUGGGUCGGGACAUCCCCCUUCCCGCGCCGUGUGUGAGCCGCAGAGUCUGCGCUGCCGCCGCCAUGUUGCCAGCAGCCGCCGCUGCCGCCGCCGUCAGCCUCUAGCUGUGCCCGCUUCUGCCCUCCCCUUCCCCUCCCUUCCUGACAGUCCAGCGCCGCCAGGAGGAGGAGGAGGCCGCAGCGGAGUCACCGAGAGCAGGGAGCGGCCAUCCCGGCGCCGAACCAUGUCCACCAAGGACGGUAAACACUCCACCACCGAGCGGGCGGUUAAAUCUGUCCCUUUUCCUCCAACACACCGAUUAACAUCCGAUGAAGUAUUUGACACUGAUGGGAAGCCCAGAGUGGACAUUUUGAAAAACCACUUAAUAAAGGAAGGCCGGGUAGAUGAGGAAAUUGCACUUAGGAUCAUCAAUGAGGGUGCUGCAAUUUUACGACGAGAGAAGACCAUGAUAGAAGUUGAAGCACCCAUUACAGUUUGUGGUGAUAUUCAUGGUCAGUUCUUUGACUUGAUGAAGUUGUUUGAAGUGGGAGGAUCGCCAGCUAACACAAGAUACCUCUUCUUGGGAGACUACGUAGACAGAGGUUAUUUUAGCAUAGAGUGUGUAUUGUAUUUAUGGGUGCUGAAGAUUCUGUACCCUAAUACACUCUUUCUUUUGAGAGGCAAUCAUGAAUGCAGGCACCUUACAGAAUAUUUCACUUUUAAGCAAGAAUGUAAAAUAAAAUAUUCAGAGAGGGUAUAUGAGGCCUGUAUGGAAGCAUUUGAUUGUCUUCCUUUAGCUGCACUUUUAAAUCAACAGUUUCUUUGUGUCCAUGGAGGACUUUCACCAGAAAUCCACACGUUAGAUGACAUAAAAAGAUUAGACAGGUUCAAAGAACCUCCAGCAUUUGGUCCAAUGUGUGACUUGUUAUGGUCUGACCCUUCAGAAGAUUUUGGUAACGAGAAGUCACAAGAACAUUUCAGUCAUAAUACUGUCAGAGGGUGCUCUUACUUCUAUAGUUACCCAGCUGUUUGUGAGUUUUUGAUGACUAACAACCUGCUGUCAAUCAUCAGAGCACACGAAGCACAAGAUGCAGGUUAUCGAAUGUACAGAAAAAGUCAAACAACAGGGUUUCCUUCUUUAAUAACAAUAUUUUCAGCACCUAACUAUUUAGAUGUCUACAAUAAUAAAGCUGCUGUAUUAAAGUAUGAAAAUAAUGUGAUGAAUAUCCGGCAGUUCAACUGCUCACCACACCCGUACUGGCUGCCCAAUUUCAUGGAUGUUUUCACUUGGUCAUUACCAUUUGUUGGUGAAAAAGUUACAGAGAUGCUGGUGAACGUUCUCAGCAUUUGCUCAGAUGAUGAGUUAAUGACUGAGGGAGAAGACCAGUUUGACGAACGACUCAUAUAUGGCAAUAGAAAAGUAGGUACAGCUGCAGCUCGUAAAGAAAUAAUCAGGAACAAAAUCCGGGCAAUUGGCAAGAUGGCAAGAGUCUUCUCUGUGCUCAGGGAGGAAAGUGAAAGUGUGCUGACACUGAAGGGUUUAACACCCACAGGGAUGCUGCCAAGCGGGGUACUGGCUGGAGGACGACAGACUUUACAAAGUGCCACAGUUGAGGCAAUUGAGGCUGAUAAAGCAAUACGAGGAUUCUCUCCACAACACAAAAUCUGCAGUUUUGAAGAAGCAAAGGGAUUGGACAGGAUCAAUGAAAGAAUGCCCCCCAGGAAAGAUGCCAGGCAACAAGAUGGUAUUAAUUCAGUAAACACAAAUGCCAAGGAAAAUAACGGGACUGGCAAUAACAACGCCCAGUGACUGCUCCAUGUCCAGGUUUACUCUCACACCUUGCCUGAGGAGUCCUAGAUUCAUGCUUUGUGAUAGAACAGCUGCAAUAGCCAUGGGACACCGCAAGAUCUAAUAACAGACCGCUCACACUCCUGGGAAUUGCAGCAGAUCCCUGUAUUUAAACUUUUUUCCCAAAAGAAGCAAAAUUAACUCCUAAGAACUGGACUUGUUUAGAACCUGGCACUCUCUCUCUCUCUCUGGUCUUUGAAUCAUGGGAAAGUAUUGGGCUGUUUUUCAUGAAAGCACAUCUAGUGUAGCAUCUCGCGCUUAUCAUUGUUGACACUCAAGUUUACAAAUGGAAAUCUGUUUUUGUUCACUAGCUAGAAUUUUUUUUUCAAUCAGAAUUUAAGUACAUCCCUCAAAAGCUAUUUAUUUAAAAGACAUUUGUUUUAUUAAAUGUCUUUGAAAGAUAGAUUAGAAUUGUCUUAAGUAUGCCGAGGCUGCAAAAUGUAUUUUGAAAAUCCACAAACAAAUGCCAAAAUGAAAAGUUGGCGGUUCUCUAGUGCUGACCUCAGGUGUAUUAAUUAGAUGUUGCGAAUUAUGUAUUAUACUCACUGUAUUUUUUAGUUUUAAGGAUUAUGGAAAGAUUUCUACAUAGGAACAUUUAUUACUUGAACACAGAUCAAACAAAUAUUUAAUUUAAAUACUUUUUUGCCCAAAAUUUGUUGAAAUUUUUUUCAAUCCUUUAAAAUCAGAAAAAUCUUGAAAAGGAAAAAAAAAAGUUUUUUGUUUUUUUUUUAAAAAAAAAUUGAUUGUUUAUUCUAGGGUACUUUUAAUUGAGCAAUGUACAUUAUGUUAAAGUAAAUUUUGAUUCAUAUCAAGUCUGUAAAGCUUGGCAUUGUAUUUUGUGUAUGCAUGUUUUCUUUUUUGCAAAUAUUUAAUAUAUAAACCUAUGAUGUACAGGAACUGCAUCUAUAGGUUAAAUAGAUGUUAUGGAUACUUUUUAGUUUAUUGUGAGUAUUGCAUUUUCUUCUAUGGCUGAUCACAUGACUGCGUAACUGCAGGAGACUUUUUUUUAAAUUCUAUUUCUGCAUAGACUAAAAGCAUUCUAAGCAUUUGUUUAGACUAUGCAGAACGUGAGACAAUUGCUCUAUCCAACUGUUAAAACAGUAACUGUUAAUCCAAGACUGCAUGGUAAUUUUUUUGAUAUUUGCCGGACUGCUGAGUUUGAAAACUCCAACAAUUUACUUAUUUGUUCCACAAAUGAGAUGUUUUGAUUUUCAUUGUAUUUUUGGUAUAUAUUUUGACAUUUAACCUUUUCAUCUUUGCAGUCACUUGAAACAUAUGUCUGUUAAAGUCAUCUCUCCAUCUCCUUUACCAUAUUCUACAAAUUGUACAUACUCCUCAUCCAGGUCGCAAAUUUUAUGCAUGUUCUGAAUUACUAAAGAGUUUUAUAACAGUAGCACACAAUACAUUUUGUGCAUGGGCCGCUGCUAUGAACAGUGUGUCUUUUUUGUAUGUCCCGCCCUUUUGCUUUUUAAUAUAAUCUAGAAUAAAAGAAUAAAAUACAGUUCCCUGAUGGCUAAAAGAGUUAAAAUUGCCACACCAUCCUGCAACAAAAAUUACUGAAUUCUGUAUAAUUUUUCAUCGAGAACCUUCUCUAAAUGUGUAAUCCCUCUAUUAUAAAAUGUAUGUUUCUUCUAUACUGCCAAACUUCUUCCUCUACAAUAUGCAACCUAUUUGCAGGCGAUAAUGUAUGAUGUUCUCCCAAAUAAAAUGAAAAUGUAUUUAAAAAGAAA